AUGCCCGGCGUGGAGUCCCUGGAAUACUGCAAUCAACACUUUGUCGUAAUCCAGGUUAAUUGCCACUUCAGGGAAUACAAUCGUGUGAAUAAAGAUGUGCGGAAGCGCCGAUAUCUGACAUUGCAUCUCAUUAGACUACCGUUCAGAAGAAAAAUGCACGCUCCUGGAAAUGGGCCGGUCUUUGCAAUUUACUAUUCUCUCCUUGCAUCGUUCGGUGUCCCAGCGAACUUAGUAACGAUAGUCAUCCUGUCAAUCGGAGGAUGUGGUCUCUCCAAAUGCAUCACACGCUACCUGGUGUUAAUGGCAGUGACGGAUUUCCUGGUUAUUAUUAACGCUGUGAUAUUAAGCCGACUUCGAGCGAUAUAUUUUCCAGUCAGCUUGCUCUCCGUCACUCCGGGUUGCAGUCUCGUUAUUGUCCUGAGCUGGGCGUCCAAGGACACGUCCUCUUGGCUGACGGUCGCAUUCACAUUCGAUCGCUUCAUCGCCAUUUGUUGCCAGAGACUGAAGCUUAGGUAUUGCCGCGAGAGAAUCGCGAAUAUCGUCAUGUGCGCAAUCUGUGUGGUGGGUUGUUUGAAAAACGUCCCAACCUACUUUGUAUACGAGCCUGCCUACAUCAUUGACGAUGUGCCCUGGUACUGCACCAUAAAAGAUGUAUAUUAUACUUCGAUUGCAUGGAGGGUUUCUGACUGGUUUGACCGCAUUAUAAAUCCCUUUUUCCCCUUCGUUUCCAUUUUCCUGCUCAAUAUUCUGACGGUCAGGCACAUUCUGUCAGCCAGUGGAGUUCGCAGGAGGCUCAGGGCCCAGAGCACUGGUCCCAAACAGAGGGACCCAGAGAUGGAGAGCAGGCGAAAGUCCAUCAUUUUACUCAUGGCAAUCUCGGGCAGUUUUCUCCUGUUGCGGUUGACAUAUGUUGUCAAUUUUCUAUAUGUGCAAUUUACCAGGAAUAACUAUGCCAGCGGCUCCAACUCCAAUGACCCAAGGUUUAUUCUACAGGAGAGCGGAUACAUGUUGGAGCUUCUCAGUUCCUGCACCAACUCCUGCAUUUAUGCAGGGACGCAGACCAAAUUCAGAGAGCAGUUGAAAAAUGCGAUUCAAUCCCCCUUGAAAGAAAUUAGGAAAUGGCUCAAAUAG